UGCCAGCCAAACCCCAUGUAAAUUCCAAAAGAUUUAUAAACGCCUCAAGCGAAAGGUGCCUCUCCAGUUCUCAUCACUCAAUUCAAGCAAAACAAACCCACCAAGCAUCUCAAUUCUCACAGUUUUGCGGCCAUGGCUUUGGUGAUAAGGGCCGUGGCUCUGCUGACGGCAAUGACAUUAAUGCUGGAGUUGAUCCAUGCAGCCGUGUACAAGGUUGGGGGCUCUGCUGGUUGGACCGCUAGCGGUAACAUUGACUACAAACAAUGGUCUGCUACCAAGACAUUUCAAGUUGGUGACGUAAUCCUUUUCGAAUACAAUGCUCAAUUUCACAAUGUGAUGCGAGUUACACAUGCAAUGUACAAAGCAUGCAAUACCUCUGCCCCUAUUGCAACCUACACCACUGGCAAUGAUUCAAUCACUAUCAAGACUCGUGGUCACCACUUCUUUUUCUGUGGUGUCCCUGGCCAUUGCCAAGCUGGACAGAAGGUUGACAUUAAUGUGCUACGGAGCGAUGAAAGGGCACAAACUCCUGCAUCUUCUUCAAUGCCCUCCCCGCCAGUUCCUUCUGCCAAAGUAGCCGGGCCGGCCUCAAGUAAUGCCUUGUCAUUGAAGGCUUUGAGAAGUCCUUUUGGUAGCUUUGGUUUGGCAAUGGCGGUUUUGGCAACGUUUUUUUAUAUCAAUCUUGCUUAAUUUGGAGGCUUUGUUGUGCUGAGAAUUCGGGGGACGAUAGAUGUUGUGCAGGUCAAUGCAAUCAAAAAAGUGAUCUAUAAUCAUUUUGUUAGAAACUUUGAUCAAUUGUUUGGAUUGAACUCUGAACCUGGUACAUGGUUGUGUUCAUAUGAUAGACCCUAUCGGCAGUGGAUAGAACAUGGUGUGAGUUUUGAUCUCUGGUGUAUAGAGAUGGGCGAUGCACCUGCUUCUCAAAGGCUCUGUUGUUUUGCUGCUCAAAGUUUUAAUUUCAAAUAAGCAUACUACCGUUAAUAUAA